AGCCGAAGAUGUCGGCUCGGUCUUGUGAUCAGCUGUGUCCAAUCACAGCUGAUCACAUGGGACAUGUACACAGAUCAUCAGAGCACUGAUGAUCAGUGUGCCCUGAUGAUCUGUGUAGCCCCAGCAGUGCCACCUGUCAGUGUCCAUCAGUGCCAGCUCUCAGUGCUCACCGUGCCACCUGCCAGUGCUCAUCAGUGCCACAUUUCAGUGCCCAUCAAUGCCACAUAUCAGUGCCCAUCUGAGCUGCCUUUCAGUGUCGCCCAUCAGUGCCACCUAUCAAUGCCAGUCAGUGCCACCUAUCAGUGCUGCCUAUCAGUGCCACCUAUCAGUGCCAGUCAG